AUGUCCGUCAACGGAGCUUCCGGCAAGGCCCCCGUUCAGGAGCCACAGUCGCAGCAUCAGCAUUCGUCGCGCCACGAUGAGCGCGGUCUGGUCAAGGUCCAGCCGGCUCGCUUGGCUGACCUGCAGCCGCGAUAUGCCUCCACCAUCGAGCACGACGAGGAUAACCCGGACGCCCACGGGUGGUAUGCGCAGAUGAUUCAUAGCCUGGGAGGAUGCAUCGGUUUCUUUGGUGCCAUUCCUUGCUGUAUCUGCUGCCCUAACCCCUUCAAGCCGGUCGACCAGGGUCAGGUCGGUCUGGUCUCGCGAUUUGGACGUUUCGAGCGCUCCGUGGAUCCCGGUCUGGUCAAGGUGAACCCACUCAGCGAGCACCUCACGACCGUCGAUGUCAAGAUCCAAAUCGUCGAAGUCCCGCGCCAGGUCUGCAUGACCAAGGACAAUGUUACUCUCAACCUUACAUCUGUCAUCUACUACCAAGUCACUUCGCCGCACAAGGCCGCUUUCGGUAUCUCCAAUGUGAAGCAGGCGCUCGUCGAGCGUACCCAGACCACUCUGCGCCAUGUGAUCGGCGCCCGCGUUCUGCAAGAUGUCAUUGAGCGUCGCGAGGAGAUCGCACAGUCCACAUCUGAGAUAAUCGAGGAGGUCGCCGCGGGCUGGGGUGUACAAGUCGAGUCCAUGCUGAUCAAGGAUAUCAUCUUCAGCAACGACCUGCAAGAUUCGCUCUCCAUGGCUGCUCAGUCCAAGCGAAUCGGUGAGAGCAAGGUCAUUGCUGCUCGUGCCGAGGUCGAGUCCGCCAAGUUGAUGCGCCAGGCUGCCGACAUCUUGUCUUCUGCCCCCGCCAUGCAGAUCCGCUACCUCGAGGCCAUGCAGGCGAUGGCCAAGACCGCCAACAGCAAGGUCAUUUUUUUGCCUGCUACGAACCAGACCAUGAGCCAGCAAUUUGCCACGGCUGACAAUGCUGGCGAGGGCCCUAGCAGCCAUGGCCUUCAGCAACAGACAGGCAUCCCGGAUGACGGGUUCCAGCGUGCUAUGAAUGCCCGCGUUGUCGAGGACAUCUAG